AUGUGGGUUAGAGUUAGGGUUAAAAAUUAUAUACUUAGGAUUGGGCUAAGGUUGACUCCUCAACCCACCCAAGUUGCACCCUUACAAUUAACCAAGUUGGCUUCUAAGCCAAAACCAAAGCCUACAACUGUGCUCUUUGAUUCGCUGGAGGCAAAGAUGGACAACAAAGCAAACGACGAAGGCGAAAGGGAUGCAUGCAAAUUCUUUAGGAGUGAGGAUGAACUCCAACCAAUGAAGAUUUUUGAGAACUUGAAGAAUUUUGAUGACAUCUCUUUUGGGGUGAGGUCCGAGAAAGACUACGAAGAUUUCAGGGUGAAUAAGGGAGUUGGGGUUGAGGAUAACCCGGGAAAGUCAAUUAUGGAGAUGGAGAAAAGUUUUUUUGACGUGAACAACAUUGGGUUAUAUACGGAGGGCAGCGAUUGUUCAACCAAUUGUGCUGAUCAAGCAUCUGAUUAUUGCAAAAUAGGUAAGGAUAGAAAUAUCGAUGCUGAUGAGGCAAUUUGUGCUAUUGCAAUCUAUUUGAUGCAAACGUUGAAAUGA